AUGGCACAUAUCAUAAUCACAGGCGCCACAGGAACAAGCGGUUCCGCCGUGCUCGUGCACGCUCUCGCCUCACCAGCAGUUCAGCGCAUCACAAUUCUAUCCCGCCGACCUGUCGCUCUGGCAGCUUCACAGCCAAAGGCAAAGGUCAUCAUCCACAAAGACUAUGCGCAGUAUCCGCCUGAGCUACUCGCACAACUCGGUGGAGCGACGGCCUGCAUCUGGGCACAAGGCAUAUCGAGUCGUGGCAUGCAGGAGAAAGAAUACAGCGAGAUCACGGUUGACUACCCUCUGGCGGCGGCGAAGACUUUUGCAGGACUGGGAGAGAAGAUGAACUUUGUUCAUGUUUCUGGUGAAGGAGCCAAUAUGUCUGGAACGGGACCUUUCAUGUUCGGGAGGGUGAAAGGUCGAGCAGAGUCCGCAUUGCUAGAAGAGCAGAAGUCGUCACAGUCGCUGCGAGUCUACAACGUGCGACCGGCGACCAUUGCUCCUCAAGGAAAGUACACAGCAGAUCGAGACCUCAGCAUGCAGGACAGGGUUGUGGCUCCCGUCGCUUGGGCACUGGACAAGGUGUGGAAGAACGCAGUGAUACCGGCUGACAAGCUGGCGGCUGUGCUGGUAGAUUUAGCACUUAGUGAUGGCGAGCCUCUGCCUGCCGGCGGUGGUAUUGAGGCUGAAGGGCGCCUGGUCAGGAACAGCGCUGUCAGAAGACUUGCUGGCAUGUGA